GUGGCAGUAGCUACCCUUCACACUGCAGUGCCGAUGCUCUAGUUACGUAGUCUUACCGUAGAGAGGAUACCGUAGUGCCAAUAACCCUCGGAACGAGACGGGGGUAAAUCGGAUCGGAAAGUCACGCUUUGUGGUCGUGAUAGUGUUUGUGACUUGUGAAGCGACGGUCAGCUUCCAGCAGCACCCAGCGCCUUCCGGAUUCCUUCCGCGUUUCUAUCCUAGUUCUAGUGUUAUACCUGUUUUUUUUGUGGUCCCGUGAGACACCAGGCAGUGAAAAUGCGUUGUUCCGUGUGCAACUACUACUCGUGGAGCUACUUCAUCGCGUUCGGCGAAAUUUUCAUCUCCUUUCACAUCGCCCGAGCCUUCCUGUACUGUGCACGCUCCGCUGCAGCUUCGGAAGAGUUGGGCUGCUAUAAUGUGGAGCCCAUCUUCGUGCUGCUGGUGUUGUAUAACUUGCUGUCACUGCUGCUGAUAGUUGGCGUGACGAAGCGCAACGAGAAGCUGCUCCAGAUCUAUCAGACCUGCACCAUCACGCUCAAAGCAUCGGCCAUCGUGCGAAGGAUAGUGCUGAGUGCCACGGAGUACAACGAGAACAAUGUGGGCAAGACGAUCAUCGAGCUGAAAAUCAUCAUCGUUUUCACGCUCAUCUUCACCCUCGAGGCACUCGUGGUGGCCGGGGCCUGUCGAAAGAUGCGUCGAGAGCAGCAGGAACAACUGUACUACAUCGACGUAGUCUAGUAGGCAUCUCCCAGGGGGGGAGUAUUAGGGACCUCGCCGUGAGGGGUUCCAUAGCAACCGGCUCGGUGACGUCGACACGCGUGUCGGACUGCUUCUCCGUCGUAGACUGCCUGGUAGUAGUACGUUUUGCCAAGAACUUCGGUCCCCGUCUUCGGAUUGAUAAUCUUAACUCCAUCCAUCCCGCGUGUGUCCCCGUAACGGGGGAGGCACCGGGCGUAUACUUUACACACCACUUACACAAACGCACACGCCCGUAUCUUUACAAUUCGAGGUAGCUUGGUGCUGCUUUGUUGGUAGGUGGAACGUGGACGACAUAUUGGACGAUAGAAAGCCAGAGGACGCCAACCCGCAAUUAGCGUAGCGUAACGAUUAGUAACUGCAGUGACUUUGAAAUCAAUCCUUUUGGAAACGAUCCCGUUGAAACGGUGGUGGUGAUUUAUUGUUUCUACUCAGCGCUUUUAUAUAACGAUCAAAAGUAUCAAACAAACAUAAAAAAAAAACAUUGUAAAAAAUAUGCCGACACUCCAAGCAAGCAUUAAGGUGGCCUCGUACGUUCGG